GCCGCGCCGAGCCAGCGCCGGCAGCAUGAGGAGCGGCGCCGCCGCCGCAGCCGCUGGGUCCGCGGGACAGGCGGAGCAGGAAUAACAUGUGUGGAAGUACUUGCUGUUGUUGAUCACCUGUACCCUGGCACAAGAGCUCCAGCUUAGUCAUUCUCCUCAAGCUCUGCUCUCAGAACAUGGAGGAAAACGAUGAUGAAAAAUACAAUCAAGCUGGCCAGAUAUUUGAAAACUUUGUACAAGCAUCAACAUGCAAAGGCACCAUUCAGGCCUUCAAUAUUCUCACUCGCCAACUUGAUUUAGAUCCUUUGGACAAUAGAAGCUUUUACACCAAACUGAAAUCGAGGGUGACCACAUGGAAGGCCAAAGCUUUGUGGAACAAGCUUGAUAAAAGAGCAAGUCACAAAGAGUAUAAACGCGGGAAGUCUUGUAUGAACACUAAGUGUUUAAUUAUUGGGGGUGGCCCCUGUGGCCUGCGGACUGCCAUAGAACUCGCCUUCCUGGGAGCCAAGGUUGUCGUCGUGGAGAAGCGGGACACUUUCUCAAGGAACAAUGUGCUGCAUCUCUGGCCCUUCACCAUCCACGACCUCCGGGGGCUGGGAGCGAAGAAAUUUUACGGAAAGUUCUGUGCAGGAUCUAUUGAUCACAUCAGUAUUCGGCAGCUUCAGCUCAUCCUCUUCAAAGUUGCACUUAUCCUGGGAGUCGAAAUUCACGUGAACCUGGAAUUCGUGAAAGUCCUGGAGCCUCCUGAAGAUCAAGAAAACCAAAAGACAGGUUGGAGGGCUGAAUUUCUCCCCAUGGAUCACCCUUUGUCAGAGUAUGAAUUUGAUGUUAUCAUUGGUGCAGAUGGCCGCAGGAACACGUUGGAAGGCUUCAGAAGGAAAGAAUUCCGUGGAAAGCUGGCUAUUGCAAUCACUGCCAAUUUUAUAAACAGAAAUACAACCGCAGAAGCCAAGGUAGAAGAAAUUAGUGGGGUUGCUUUCAUCUUCAACCAGAAGUUCUUCCAGGACCUGAAAGAGGAAACGGGGAUUGACCUGGAGAAUAUUGUUUACUAUAAAGACAGCACGCAUUAUUUUGUGAUGACAGCAAAAAAGCAGAGUCUUCUGGACAAAGGAGUGAUUAUUAACGACUCCAUGGAUACCGAGCUGCUUCUCUGUGGGGAAAAUGUGAACCAGAGCAAUUUGCUGUCCUACGCCAGGGAAGCUGCUGACUUUGCAACCAACUACCAGCUGCCUUCCUUGGAUUUUGCAAUAAAUCACUAUGGCCAGCCAGAUGUAGCAAUGUUUGAUUUUACCUCCAUGUAUGCAUCUGAAAACGCUGCGCUGGUGAGAGAGAGGCACAGACAUCAGCUCCUGGUGGCGCUUGUUGGAGAUAGUUUGCUUGAGCCCUUCUGGCCGAUGGGCACUGGCUGUGCAAGAGGCUUCUUGGCUGCCUUUGACACCGCGUGGAUGGUGCGGAGCUGGGCGCAGGGGAAGCCUCCGCUGGAGAUCCUGGCUGAACGAGAGAGUAUUUAUCGACUCUUGCCUCAGACGACCCCUGAAAAUAUUAAUAAGAACUUUGACCAGUACACCAUUGACCCGGGAACAAGAUACCCAAACUUGAACUCGAGCUGUGUUCGACCUCACCAGGUGAGACAGUUAUAUGUUACCAAUGAGCUACAGCAGUGUCCUCUUGAAAGAGUGAGCUCCAUUAGAAGAUCAGUGAACCUCACAAGACAAGAGUCAGAUAUUCGGCCUAACAAGCUUUUGACGUGGUGCCAGAAGCAGACAGAGGGAUACCGAAACGUUAAUGUCACUGACCUGACCACCUCCUGGAAAAGUGGCCUUGCUCUGUGUGCCAUCAUCCAUCGCUUCAGGCCUGACCUCAUUGACUUCGACGCCCUGAACGAGGAGGACGUGGUGAGGAACAACCAGCUGGCCUUUGACGUGGCCGAGCAGGAGUUCGGGAUCCCCCCGGUGACCACGGGCAAGGAGCUGGGCUCGGCCGGAGAGCCCGACAAGCUCAGCAUGGUGCUGUACCUGUCCAAGUUCUACGAGCUGUUCCGGGGCACCCCUCUGCGGGCAGUAGAUGCUGCUGAGAAGCAAAAUGGAGAAAAUAAUGAUCUUGGUUUACCAAAAUCAUCGAAUUUCAUCUUUAAUAAUUAUAUCAAUUUAACUUUACCAAGAAAACGAGUACCAAAGACCGAAGGGAAAACAGAAGAAAAUGAGACUAACAAAAGGCGUCGGAAAGGACUCUUCGGUGUCUUUGAGCAGACUUCAGGCCUUCCAAGCCAGGGGACAAACAGUGGGAAAGAACAGAGUGAUGGCAGAGAAGGAAUGAACCAGAACAGGGUCAAAUCAAUGGCAACUCAGCUGCUGGCAAAGUUUGAAGAGAACACUUCAAAUACAAUUCUGCGGAGACAGGAGCUAACAGAUAGACCAGCCCUGCUCUCCUCUGACCCUCCUGUUAAUCCUCGCUUUGCUAAACCUACGGAUCCAAGCCUUUUUCCACCUCAACCAAAAAGGCAGAAAAGAGCUCAGACCAUAGCAAAUAGGGAAUUCCAUAAAAAGAACAUUAAAGAGAAGGCAGCACAUCUCGCCUCAAUGUUUGGAUACAUGGAGUUUCCGAAGAAUAAGCUACCUACUAAAGGCUUAUCCCAUUCUCAGCCCCCAACUCCCUCUUGCCCUCCACCUCAUCAUUCAGCUGUUGCUGCUUCAUCAUCUGUUGGUUCAGCUUCCUCUGCUGUUUCUUCUCAACAGACGACUGUAGGAAAGGUCUCACGUGCAAUUGGAGCUGUGGCUGAAGUUCUUGUAAAUCUGUAUGUGAAUGAUCACAGGCCCAAGCCACAGCUUGAACUGAAGCGAUCUCUGGACAGAGCUGCAGGUUCUUGCCCCUUCUCUCACUCUCCAUCUGCUGCCUCCACUGCUCAGAGCUGUCAGGUACUGGGAAGCCAAGGUUCUCUGCGAAAAGAAUUCCCCAAGUCCAUCGGGGGGAGUGACACUUGUUAUUUCUGCAAGAAACGGGUCUAUGUCAUGGAGCGGCUGAGUGCAGAAGGCCACUUCUUUCACAGGGAGUGCUUCAAGUGUGAAAUAUGUUCUACAACACUCCGCUUAGGAAUUUAUGCCUUUGAUGUUGAAGAAGGUAAAUUUUACUGUAAACCUCAUUUUACGCACUGCAAAAUCAGUACGAAACACAGAAAGAGAAGGGCAACAAUACAGAUCCACGGAAAGGAGGCGAUAGACGCAUGGAAGAAAGUGGAAGCCAAACCCACCGAGAUCACCACAGAAAGCACUUUGUCCACUGCUAGCAGUCCAGAGGACAGGUCCCCAGGCUGCUGCCUGCCCGUGGCUGACGAGCCCACCUCCCCCAAGAAGGCGAAGAGCGUCCCCGAGCAGCACGAGAUGGAGCGCUGGUUCUCACCCCCUUCCCCCGAGUGGGCCAUCGUGAGGGUCAUCCCCGAGGAGGAGAUGGCUGAGCACAACCUCCUUGCAGUUCGAGUCAUGGUCACCAGUGAUGCUAGCAGCUCUGAGCUGGAGUCUGAUUUCAACGGGGACUCCUCGAACUCGGAGGUGAGCGAAGGGCAGACCUGGCUGCUGGAGCCCCGUGCCUGCUCCAGCCCCAUCCAGAGGUGGGCAUCGCUCAUCAGGAGCCCCGCCGUGCCCGAGGAAAGCUCCAAAACAUCCAAAGUCGCUGAUGCACUCCAGAGAGCCAACAAUUUUCAGUCGACGGCAUUAAAUAAGUAUCAGAGCUGGAGGAGGAAAAUCCAAACGAGCUUUCCUCUGCUGUCGAGCAAGAAACCCGGGCUACACGGGAAGGACAGCUCAGCCAGCUGCCAGAGUGGUGCUGCAGAGGAGCAUUCCCAAACACAGUUGGCUUCUUACAAGAGGACAACAGAAAUUCCAAGAGGACCUUUCAAACCCUGCAGCCCAGUAUUUCAAAGAAAAGGAAAAGCCAGGGAGGUGUCUGAAGACACGCAUUGCUAUGUUCCCCACUCUCCUUUUCAGAGCAGCACCACAGGUCCUUCACUGACUCCUCUUGGGAAUGGGACACUGGCUGCUGAUUUUCAUGAGCCUGAAGACCCAGACAGAGACACUGGGACACACUCAGCCUGGGACUGGAAGGAAAAAACGUGGAAAUACAACUCUGAACCAGGGCACUUUAACAGGAAGACAAAAACACUGUCAUCUCUGGAUUUGAAAGAGAAAGAUGGCAAAAAUACCAGGCACCCAGGAGAAAAGCUUGAGCAAGAACUGAAGGAGGCAAAACAGAGGCUGGGGCUUCGUAAUAAACAGCAGCCCUUGAAUGGCUCAAACAGGACAGACUCGGGUGGGAGCAGCCCAGGGCAUGGAAACAACGGAGCUCUGGAGAAAAAGGAUGCAGGAUGGAGAAAAGAACGCUCUGGUUGUCCUGGGCCUCUCUUACUUGUAGAUGGUGCUCCACCAACUCCAUCAGUGGACACAAAGGAUGCUCUGAGGAUUGCAGAUGUGGUUUCCAGGGAGCAUGCAGCCGGCCAGCCAAAAUCCCCGCUGAGGCUCAUAGCCAAUGUUAUCAAAAGGUCCAUUUGGGAGCCUCUAACCUCAGCUCCAGAAGGGAUAAAGCAGGACUCGGACAGCAAAGUCAAAGCCUCUUCAGAACAAGCCUUCUUCAGCUUCCCCAGCACUCCUGGGUAUUCCCUAAGCCAAAGGAACAGGAACAACAAUAAUACUCAGUCACAGGAUACUAAAGUAAGGGAGUGGGCAGGAAAAUACGUGGGAGAUGAGAGCGCUUACUCAAAUCUAUCUCGUCCUUCUGUGGGCUCUGAAGGGAUAUCUCUGAGGGAUUACAGGGAAGAGGUAUCCUUCACACCCUACAGGCUUUCCAAGACAACCCAUAUACCUCAGAAACCAGCUUGCACUAGGAUGGAGGAAGUCCCAGGACUCCUAGAAAAGUUUACCUUUGAAGACAGUCCUCUAGGAGCUCCCAUGGAUGAAAUAUGUAUCCGUAAGAAAAAGUCCACUCUUCUUUCAUCUGCAGAGCCCAAGAGCUCCUUCAAGGACAGUCUGGAUGACUCUGCACAAAAAGGGUCACUCUUCAACAGAAUGAGAAGCAAAGCUUGUGAAAGGGAACAGAACUCUUUGGUGUCAUCUCUGCCAAUCAUUAAGGACCAUUCUCCAGAAGGGUUGUUCAGUCCUUUCACAGGAUAUGAACACCUACCUGUCAGAAGACAAGCCACUGAGUGUUCUACUUCAUCCUCCGAUGAGGAAUUUGAAUCCAAGCCUUCAUUAACACACAAGGCAAAAAGGGCUAUCAGAAAGAGAAGGAAGCUGGAGAAGGAGACAAAGCAGCUGAUUAAACAAGAGGAGCUGAAGAGGCUUCACAAAGCACAGGCAGUCCAGCGCCAGCUAGAAGAACUGGAGGAAAGACAAAGAGCACUGGAGAUUUUUGGUGUCAAACUGGAGAGAGAACUAAGAGGAGAAGCAGAUUCAGGCACAAAGGACGAAAAUCAGAUGCUUCAUGAAUGGUUUGAGCUGGUCAUGGAGAAGAACAAAUUAAUGCGUUAUGAGUCUGAGCUCCUGAUUAUAGCCCAAGAGCUAGAAUUGGAGGACCACCAAAGCAGGCUGGAACAAAAGCUGAGAGAGAAAAUGGCCAUUGAUGACAGCCUUAAAGACGAGAUGGAUCUGAACGAGGAGGAUGAAAUUUUUACCGAGAUGAUGAAAGUGGUUGAAGAAAGGGACAGACUCGUAUGUACCUUAGAAGAGCAGAGAGUGAAAGAGCGAGCAGAAGAUCAGCACUUCAAAAGCCUUAUAUUAUCCACAGGUUAUCAGCUGAGCAGGAUUUAAACAGCCACGUCCAAAUAAACAUCCUUUCACCAGUAUUCCCUAUCACGGAGAUACAGUCUUCUGGAAAAUGAAGGAAUUCGAAUUUAAAAUCAGCUUAUUUGGGAAACACAUCAUUUUGUUAUCAAAAGCUUUAAAGCAGUUCUUUUGCUUAUACCAGAGACAGUCAUUUCACUGUCAGCUCAAAGGAUCUCUGGGAUACAGAUUUGGACUGAAUUUGUCUGUCUGAUGGGCACCAGGGUCUGUGAAAGGGAAAUCAGAGCUCCAUUAUUCUCUUGGAAUUUUAUUUUAAUGCUGAGAGUAGAGUUUCUGAGGAACAUGAUGACAUCAUUUAGUAUUUCUGAGACAGCCUUACUUUCCAUCUGUUUGUCUGAAUCUCUGUGUGGCUUUGUUAAUAUUUUGGCACAGCCAAACCAUGGCCAACUAUAGAAAAGUCAGAAAAAAAGCCUCUCAUGAAAAUAGGGUUAGUCUUUAUUUCUGGUGGAGGAAGAGUCAUUUGACUAAUGACUACAUAUAAGCACUUACUAAAACUACUGUAAGUAUAAGCAUUUACUAAAACUACUGUAAGUGCAAUGUCAGAAAUUAAUUUUUCAGGUAUUUAUCAGUUUUAUUGCACUGUGUAUUUUUGAACAAGAAGUAAAAGCAAUAUUAAAUCCCUGCCUCUUGUAAAAUGGUAAGGGAUUAUCAAAGGGGUGACUAUCCUUACAGCUGUUACAUGCUCAAAAAGGUUUCUGUAUCUCAGAGAUUAAGGUCUUUAAAAUAAGAGAAAAGAUAAUUUAAAAACAGUAAUUCAGACCCAAUUGAUAUUUAUAGGGCAGACUUUACUAUGACAGACUUUACAAUUUCUUCAUAAAAUACAUCACAAAUUGUAUUGUUGGGAGUGAUGAAUGGAAUAGCAAUGAAAGACUUCCCUGAGAGUAACCUCACAAAAAGACUGCAAAAAAUGUUGAGUUUUUAAUAUCGAUAUUUGAUAGAAAAUAUUGUGAGGCUAUUUAAAUUACAUUUAUCUUGCUGCUUGAGAAUACAUGCAUUUUUUUUUGCUUAAAGGGACCAUCUCCUAUCUUUUUUGUACGUGCAUUUGUAGAUAUUGGCAAAACAGCGUGCAGAAAUUCUCCUAAUUUAAGUAACUUCUUAAAACUGAGAUAAUUCUGCAAUUUAAGAUUGGUAAUAUUCCCAACUAUAUGUGUGAUGCACUAGAUUUUCAAACUGGACAAAAUAAGGGGAAACUGAAAGACUGAUUUGGGGGUUUUUUGAAUAUCAGUUUACCUCGUGCUCUGAGAAGAUUUGAUGUUCUCAUUAUUUUGUGAUUGGUGCUAAUUUGCAGCAUCUGCCUAUGGUACAGCCAAAGAUAGAAGCAUUCCUGUUAAAAAAGCUUUAAACUGGAAAACCUCUUUGUGAGUACGGGUAAAGUAACAGACACACUGGAUCCUGUCACAGUAAUUUAUGAGUUAUCUUCAGGUGUUUUUGGGUUUUGUUUGGGUGGUGUUUUUUAGGUGUUUUUGGUUUUUUGGUGGGUUUUGUUGUUGUUGUUGUUUUGGGUUUUUUUUGGGGGGGGGGUUUGUUUUGUUUUUUUUGUUGGUUGGUUUGGUUUGGUUUUGGUUUGUUGUUGUUGUUGUUGUUUGGGUUUGGUUUUUUUGUUUCCAUAUUGCAAGAAAUUUGAAAUACCCUUUCUAAAGGUAAAAGCAAGUUUUUGCUAUUGGCCACACUUAAAUAAUAUACCUCUGUUGGUGCAAGCUUUAUACUAUUGCUCUGCAGUAUUUAUUUAUAUUUAUUUAUUAGACUGUUUAGAGAGGGUAAGCAUGUCUGGUUACAUUUUACAGUUUGGAUGUUGUCUCUGAUUUUGAUUGAAAAAUGUGUAUUUCUAACAGCAGUGUACAGCAAAGCUGUGCAUUGUAGAGUACAGAGCUUUACAGAUUUGGUAAAUAAUUAGCAAUAAAAUAUGAAUUAAGCUUUUAAACAGUGUUCUCAGUGACCAUAACUUGAAGGGAUACCCUUAAAACACAGCAUUCAGGGCUUUAACAUAUAAUUUGUCUUUCAUCACAGUGAAAAGACAUUGAGGAAUCCUUACAUGUGUUCCAAAAUAACCACCAGAGUUUUUUUUUUUUCCUCCCUCUCAUUCAGAGGCUAAGCACACCUGAUCUUCAGAUGACAUUUUUACUGAGAUGGAUUGCAGUGAUUGAUUUUUUUAAACUAACUCUAUUACUUAAGAGUGACACAAAGUAUUUUAAUUUUCUCUGUUAAGAUCUGCUGGUCUUUCCAGUUUUGUGGAGAAAAUUUCUGCAUUUUAUCACUGUCCCCAAUCCUGCCUCAUGCAGUCCUGUAGAAAAAGCCAGUCUAGGAAAUGUCAUCGUUUUCUGUGAGAGUCAUAACGAUUUCAAGGUAUUUUUUAAAAGUUUGAAAGCAAAAUGCUUAGAGCUUUGCACAGGAGGAGAAUUCUGUGAAUUCUGCAGAAAUCCCCAGUUAUAUCAAAGAUUGGGGUUUUCACCUCACUUUUGCAAUUAAGAAUCCAUUCACAUUAGUGUUGCUGUUGUAAAUUAGUGUUGCUGUUGUAAAUAAGCCCUGAGAUUUCAGGUUACAGCAGAUACCUGUUCAGCUGUAAAACCAAACUCCAAAGGGUGCUUUCCCUUUAGCUCCAAAGAUUUGCGUUCUUGAGAGUAUCAGAGUCCACAGAAGCUGAGAGCCAUCAGAACUUUACGGACAUCAAAAAUCCUCUUUGCUAAAGAAACACUUUUCUGCAUGCCCCCUGUGGUUGUUACACAUGCUCCACCCAAAACGGUCGGCUCUUGGGUGGAAAAACCCGUCAGGCUACUGCUGCCCUGCCUGAUGUUAAGUACCUCACAAGAUUAGAUCAAAAAGUAAACCGUGUGAUUUAGAAAAUCAUAAACUCCUAAGUCAUUUAAAGCAGGCCUUUGUGUAUUGUGAGAGUAGAGAAGGGGGUUAAAAAAAAAAAAAAAGAAAAAAAAAAAAAAAGAGAGAAGCUAUGUGCACUGUUCACAGGUCAGUUUCAUAUGGUUGGCUUGUACUAGAAAUGUAUUUAAACACUGGUUUGGUUAUCAGUUUUCUUGCUGCUCAAAUCUUUUCUGUUACUUGGCUCACUAAUUUAUAAUAGAUUUGUUCAUUUUUAAGUUCAUGGCACUGUCAUUUCGGGGUAUAAUGUGAUGUGCUGGAAUGUACUGAGUGUGUCAGAAUGGGCUGGUUGUGAGAAAUUUUCUAUUUGAAAGAAUAAAAUUCUGUCUUACUCUUUGAA